GGGUUAAAAUAUUCAGACUAAAAAACAUCCCUUUCUCUAUCUGCAGCUUAAGGAUUGUUGGUGCAAUUGUGUGUUGCUUUUGAUUGAGAUUUUUGGGUUUCUUAUUCUUUCUUCUUCCCUGGUUCUGCGUGGUUGUAUUUUGGGAGCAUUUUUAAGAGAAGUAAACAGUGGCCAUUUGCAGUGAAGAAGUAACAACAUGCGUUGGUGGUUGAGUCUUUCAGUUGAAUCGUUUCUACAAGUCAUCUCCUUGAACUUGUAUUGUAGAGUGAUUCUGUGAUUCCAUAAUCCAGCGUUUUCAAGAUCUACCCUUUUUUGUUUUUGUUUUAUUUAGUUCUGACUCCCAUGGGAUCCACUUUUUUCAUCGUCGUUCCAUGUUAUGUCCGCCAGAUUAGCUGAAAAUCUUCAAACACGUCGCUCAAAUUUCUAACCCAACAAUUAUAAUUACAUAGUAGUAGUAGUAGUAGUUCAGUUUUUCUCGAUCUAGAGUACGGAUCUCGGGGGUUUUGAAUACGUUUUCGUACCUGGAAGACCCUCUCUUUAGCUGGUGCCAUAUUGAAGGGUUAGUACGUAGUUAUGGUGUGCCAAGCAGCGAGCCAAACAAGAUUCCGGGCAUUGAAGUAUGAGAAUGGUAUUGCAGGGAGUGCCACCAUUGUAGUUAGAGUCAUAGCAUGCUUUCAACCUCUUCAAGAUUGCCAGGCUGAAUAUUUCCGUCAUUUGCUUAAGCCAGUUACGUAGGUUGCUUUCUACAUUUUCGCGUUCAAGUUAAGAUAAAAAAAUUUAUCUUUGUUCUUGAGAGAAACUGCAAGCGAAUUGUCAUUUCCACUGCUACAAAAUUCGAUUUCUGGUGAUUGUUCUUGUUGGAUGAGGGAAGGCUGCGGAUCAGGGUUUCCUCAGCUGCGAUUUGACUGGCAAUCACCCAACUUGAACUCUUCGCCUGCUCCACCUGCUUUUGGGCUGCAAAGUAGUAAUCCUCCAUUCAUGAACUUUGGCACUAAUACCCGAACUUCUCCGGUUCAUGCGAAUCCAGAAUUAUCUUACUUGCAGGUUAGCCAAGGUAAUGAAUCUCGCGGCUGGUCUUACUGUUUACCCCGCUUUCGACUGGCCUUUGCGCUUGCUUCAAACUCGUUCUUGAAAGAGCAACCCCUAGCUAACCCUUGUGAAAAUUGUAAAGGAAGUGGUAUCCCCAAGGAAGGUUCUGGGGUUGCUGAGAACAGAUUCCUUGUUUUCGAUCAGUCUGGUGAUCAAACUACCCUGAUUUUUUGUUCUGCUUUUGGGACAUCGACCAAGGGACUGACUUCUUGGGGUCCAAAAUCUCCUGUUGCUGGUAACUUUAACGGGGAAGAUCCCAUAGCUAAACUAAGCGGAAAUAUUCACUCUGGACCAAUAUCUAAAGAUAUUUUUGAUGAGGAUGGGAUUGAUGUGCAAAGUGAAAUGCACGAGGACACCGAAGAACUCGAUGCAUUGCUUUACUCGGAUGAUGAUGAUAGUGAGUAUACUGAGGACGAAGAAGUUAUGAGCACGGGUUAUUCUCCUAAUACAAUGACUGGUCAGGAUGAGCAAUUUGAGGGAAGCUGUAAAGAGGCUGCCACGAGGGUAACUAAGAAGCGAAAGCUACUUGAUGGCAGUAUUAAUUCACUGUUGGCAAUGGAUACUGCUAAUGAUGCAGUAUAUGGUGAUGAUGCAGAUUCCAGCUGUGACAGUGGGCAAAAUCCUGGAUCAUCAGGUAACAUGGAUUCUUCUUCAGGCAACAAGAGGAUUAGAAGAGAUAAAAUCCGUGAGACGGUGAGUGUUUUGCGAAGCAUAAUUCCAGGUGUAGAGGGAAAAGAUGCAGUUGCAGUUCUUGAUGAAGCUAUUGACUACUUGAAAUCCCUGAAAUACAAAGCCAAAACCUCGGGAUUUGGUACUUUAUGAACCGCAACUGUUGUUACAAGUAGUAUCAGUGGUAGCUUAUGCCAUUGUUAACGGAGUGGCAUGCAUAAUUCGUAGUCUUCCAAAAUUGAAGGCGUUGAUUACCUUCCCUCCAUAAAGUAUUUCUCUAAGCGCAGACUCGGCAGGUGUUUCUUCUUCCUUUUGUCAAGUUUCAUGCCUUGCAGGUUCCCCUUUCCCUUUGAUGCAGAAAAUCGCAGGAGCAAAGAGCCUUCUACCAUUUCUCACUUCUCACCAUCUGAUGCAUUCCUUGUUGUGCUUUGUUAAACUCGUGAUAUUGUAGUGCUUUGUUGAAUUAUAUU